AUGGCUCAAGUCUUCAAUAAUUCUCGUUCGGAUACUUUAUUUCUGGGAGGUGAGAAAGUCAGUGGUGAUGACAUCAGAAACCAAAAUGUUCUAGCUGCCUCAGCUGUCGCCAAUGUUGUCAAAUCUUCAUUGGGUCCAGUCGGCUUAGACAAGAUGUUAGUGGAUGACAUUGGUGAUUUUACAGUGACCAAUGACGGUGCGACUAUUUUAUCUUUGCUUGAUGUUCAACACCCUGCUGGGAAAAUCUUAGUUGAGUUAGCACAGCAGCAGGACCGUGAAAUUGGGGACGGUACAACCAGUGUGGUUAUUAUUGCAGCUGAACUUUUGAAAAGGGCCAACGAGCUAGUCAAGAAUAAAAUCCAUCCAACAACCAUUAUUACCGGUUUUCGCGUUGCUUUGAGAGAAGCAAUUCGUUUCAUCGAUGAGGUUUUGUCACUAAAUGUUGAUCUGUUAGGAAAAGAAACACUUAUAAACAUUGCAAAGACAAGCAUGUCUUCAAAAAUCAUUGGAUCUGAUUCAGACUUUUUCAGCAGCUUGGUUGUCGAUGCAUUAUUAGCAGUCAAGACACAAAAUUCUAAAGGAGAACUUAAAUACCCAGUCAAAGCGGUCAACAUAUUAAAAGCUCAUGGUAAAUCCGCUAAAGAAUCUGUAUUGGUUCAAGGCUAUGCUUUGAACUGUACUGUUGCAUCUCAAGCUAUGCCCAAGAGGAUUGCUGGGGGAAAUGUUAAGGUGGCAUGUCUGGAUAUAAAUUUGCAGAAAGCACGUAUGGCAAUGGGUGUUCAAAUCAACAUCGAGGAUCCAGAGCAAUUGGAAGAAAUACGUAAUCGUGAAUAUGGUAUGGUAUUGGAGAGAGUCAGAAAGAUCAUUGACUCGGGUGCUCAAGUCGUCCUGACUACUAAGGGUAUCGAUGACCUGUGUUUGAAGGAAUUUGUUGAGGCCAAAAUAAUGGCAGUCAGACGUUGUAAAAAGGAAGAUUUGAGAAGAAUUGCGCGUGCCACUGGUGCCACGUUGGUUAACUCAAUGUCAAACCUGGAGGGUGAUGAGACUUUUGAAAGCAGUUAUUUAGGUACAUGCCAAGAAGCAAUACAAACAAGUUUUUCGGAUGACGAAUGUAUCUUGAUCAAAGGCACCUCCAAGCACUCAUCCUCUUCAAUCGUCCUCCGUGGACCAAAUGACUAUUCACUAGAUGAAAUGGAACGUUCAGUACAUGAUUCACUCUCCGUCGUAAAGAGAACCUUGGAAAGCGGAAACGUUGUUCCGGGAGGUGGCUGCGUUGAAACAGCACUUAACAUCUACCUGGAUAAUUUUGCUACCUCUGUGGGAUCUCGCGAACAAUUAGCUAUUUCAGAAUUUGCACAGGCUUUGCUAGUCAUUCCAAAAACUUUGGCAGUAAACGCGGCCAAAGAUUCAAGUGAACUAAUCGCCAAGCUGAGAUCCUACCAUGCUGCAAGUCAACAAGCCAAGCUGGAAGAUAUCAAGAGAAGAAAUUACAGGAACUACGGUCUAGAUCUGAUUAGGGGCAAAAUUGUGGACGAGGUUCAAGCCGGUGUCCUGGAACCUACCAUAAGUAAAGUGAAAUCUCUCAAAUCUGCCUUGGAGGCCUGUGUUGCGAUCUUGAGAAUCGAUACCAUGAUCACAGUUGAUCCAGAGCCACCAAAGGAAGAUCCCCAUGAUCAUAUGUGA